GCUGUGUCACGUGACUUCCUUUGAGUUUGUUAUCCAACAGCAGCAUGUGUGGCUGAGGAGGCAGAGGCCCGGGAGACGGGGGAGGAUGGGGAAGCGCCGGGGCUCCGUGGACGCCAAGACUGACUGCAAGAAGCCGAGGAAGAGGGCGCCGGCCAGAGCAGGUGGUGGAGAGGACGCGCGCGAAGACAGGAAGGCGCCAAAAAAGGAAAGCCGAGCCGCCGCAGCAGGUGUCGGGACCAGAAAAAAAGCAGAGAAGACGCCCGGGGGAACCGCUGCGGGGAAGAGAGCUCCUAGAGUCAAGAAGCCCGCCGAGAAGGAGAUCGAGGACUUGUUAAGCUUUGAGUCUCAGUCUGUGAUUCCGGAUGCAGCGGUUAAAGCCGGAAGCAGCUCGGAGGAUGGAGGGGACAGCGACGAGGAGUGGGAGGACGUGGAAGAGCUCAAUGCAGCUACACUGGAUGCCUUACAAGCCACAACAUCCAAUGACUCGGGACUCCCCACUGAGUCCGUAGAGAUAGAGAUCGAAACGCCAGAAGCAGCCAAAAAAAGGUUAAGAAGAGAGAAGAGAAAGGCAGAGUUUGCUGCUUAUUUACGCCGAAUAAUGAACCGAUUCAGCAAGGAGUUGCGAGAAGACACGCACAAGGUACAUUUGCUCUGCCUUCUUGCCAAUGGCUUCUUCCGCAGCGACACGUGUAAUUCCCCUGACCUUCAGGCGGUGGCGCUGUCUGUGGUUCCAGUUAAAUUUAUAAACUAUACGGCCGUCCGGGUAGAUGUGGUUUACUUGACAAACUUGGUGAAGUGGUUCAAGUCCACAUUUACCUUGAAUCCGGAAAUGUCUCUUGAUGAUCGAGAACCAAUAUCGGCCAGGCUGGAGCGGAGAUUUGGGGUGUACGGAGUGAGGGAUGCAGAAGAGAUGGUCCAUCUUUUCUUGAUUCUGCUUCGAGCCUUGCAACUUCUGAGCCGCCUGGUGCUCUCCCUGCAGCCGAUUCCCCUAAAGGAGCCGCCCGCCAAGAUGGCAAAAAGCCCAAGAGAGAAGUCCUCGAAGAAGUCUAAUAAAACGGCCCGAUCCCGAAAAUCCCCUAAAGGAAAAUCCAAAGGGGAACCGAAGCUGAAGCAAGAGAAAGUAGAGACCAUUUCCUUGGACAGCUCUGAGGAUGAAGAGGAGAAACCUUCAGAAGAUAUCAUGCCUAAGAAAAAAGUCCGUAAGGACAGGAAGGACAAGUCAGGGGAGGCUUCCGAAGAUGCUAAGGGUAAAGCAAGUCCAAAAAAUCAACGCAGAAGGAAAGUGGCCUCCAAAUUGUCCUACAAGGAGGAGAGUGAUAGCCAGGAGGGUAGUAGCGGAUCUGACUAUGCCUACACGACCAGCGAGGACAGCGACUUCUCCGACUGGGACUUGUCAAUUGAAAAAAAAGGUAAAGGAUCUUCUUCUGUAAAGGCGAAUAGCAGGAGGUCGGGGGAGGGCACAUCAAAGAGUCCAGGACACCCCAAAGCAAAGAGCUCGCCCAAAGAUGACAACCCGCAAAUUAAGAGGAGAGGCAAGAUCAUUUCCACAGAUGACGAGGAGGAGGUGGGGGGCAGUGCCGCACCACCGCCCCCCAGAGGUAGCGAUCAAUGGGUGGAGGUUUAUUUGGAGAAAGAACAGAAGUGGGUGUGUGUGGACUGUGUGUACGGAGCGGUUAACCAGCCGUCGCUGUGUGUCAAGGCUGCCACCAAACCGGUCACUUACAUCGUGGGGAUCGACAACAAUGGGCAUCUUAAAGACGUGACGCGAAGAUACGAUGCAGAAUGGAUGACCAGUACUCGCAAACGGCGCAUCGACGCAGAAUGGUGGGAGGAGACUCUGAUGCUUUAUAAAAACCACACUACACGGGAGGAAAAGGAAGAUGCAGAGUUUGAAGCCAAGCUCUUGGACCAGCCCCUGCCAACCUCAGUCACAGAGUAUAAGAACCAUCCUCUCUAUGCUCUAAAGAGACAUCUGCUCAAGUAUGAAGCCAUCUACCCAGAAUCUGCAGCCAUCCUUGGUUACUGUAGAGGAGAAGAGGUUUAUUCCAGGUCUUGUGUCCACACCUUGCAUUCCAUAGACACCUGGUUAAAGGAGGCCCGUGUGGUGCGGCUCGGGGAGGUGCCUUACAAGAUGGUGAAAGGGCAGUCUAACCGAGCGAGGAAAGCCCGCCUGGCAGAUCCAGAGAAGAGGGACAGCAAUGACCUUGCUCUGUUUGGCCUGUGGCAGACUGAGGAAUAUCAGCCGCCCAUAGCUGUGGACGGAAAGGUUCCUCGCAACGAGUUUGGCAACGUGUACCUGUUUAAACCUAACAUGCUGCCCAUCGGCUGCUGCCAUUUGCAAGUCGCAAACCUGCACCGCGUGGCCAGGAAGCUGGACAUCGACUGUGCCUCGGCCAUCACCGGCUUUGACUUCCACUGCGGCUUCUCGCAUCCUGUGACCGAUGGUUAUAUUGUAUGUGAGGAAUAUAAAGACGUCCUGCUGGCUGCCUGGGAGAAUGAACAGGUGGAGAUAGAGCGCAAGCAGAAAGAGAAACGCGAAAAACGGGUCCUGGACAACUGGAAACUGCUGGUGAAGGGUCUUCUGAUCAGAGAGAGACUGAAAGCUCGAUAUGGACAGAAGGACUCUGAACAUUUUUCCGCUGCAGCCACAGAGGAAGGACUCUCAUCAGAUGAGGAGAAACCAGCAACAGAGACCCCAGCUCUGGACACUGCUGUAUCCUGGCCCCAGAACCGGAAAACCGAGGAGCAGCAGGGAGGGAAAGCAAAACGGAAAACGAAGAGAGAGAAAAGAGGAGAAGAAAAUCACUUAUUCCCAUUUGAAAAGCUGUAAAAAGUCUAAUGAGCGCCUACAAGAACCACAAGUCUCAGCAUUCAAUCUGUGACUGACCUUAAGAGGACUCCAGACAAAAUACUGUUCUGCUGAGUGCAGGGCUAGAACAUGACUUCAUAGAGUUAGGUCUUAUUUACACGAAUAUGUGCCACGCGUUACAUGCAUUGGGGACCACAAAUUGCAGUCCCCAACGCACGGGCACUGUCCCUGUGGCUGGUGCAGACCCAUUCAACUUGAAUGGGUCCGUAAUCCAUCUGCACCAUGCAGUGCAGAGGCACGGACAGAAAACCAGUUCCGCACAGCACCUUCCGGAUUGCAGACCCGUUCAAGUGAAUAGAUCCGCAUCCGUGAUGCGGUGCACAAACGGCUGGUGCCCGUAUAUUGCGGACCCGGCCGGCACAUGUUUGUGUGCAUGAGCCCUUAGAGUACAGGUCUCACCCCCUCCCCUGCACUAAGCAUCACAAUGUUUGCUUUAGGGUUCGUUCACAUGCAAAUUGCAGAUCCGCAAAACGCGGAUGGCAACCGUGUGCCUUCCGUAAUUUGCAGAAAGGAACAAGAGGCCUGUUAUAGAAAUGCCUAUUCUUAGAAUUUGUGCAGGGCCACGGAACAGAGCAACGGAUGUGGACAGCACACUGAGUGCUGUCCGCAUGUUUUGUGGACCCUUUGAAAUGAAUGGGUCUAUAUACAGAACGCAAAAUACGUUUGUGUGAACGAGCCCUUAUCCCGAGGGUUUCUUUAGAAACUGUACAUUAGUGUUCAAGGACUAAUUAAGAAUUUAGUGAUAGGAUAGAAACGUUUAUAAGAAAAAAAAAAAAGUUAAAAUUGUCUCCAGUCCUAAAAAUAAAUGUGAUUUUGAUAAAAACUAAAAUAUUUUACAGAAGAGAAAAGCCAAGUUUGUCAAAAGUGCGUUUAUUUCUCCAUAUCCAGUGACAAGCGUCAAGUGUUGUGUGAUUUCAUAUGCUCGGACAUUGCCGCCCUGUCUAAUCCACGUCCACACAGCGAGACCUCUUGAUGCAGGGCUCAGUCCCAUGACCGUACCGCCUGUCUGGGUCCGGUCUGUACAAACAAUGUUUGUACAUCCAGAUAGUCCACAGCUAACAGUCCCACGCCGGACUAACGGGACUUCACUUAAUAAUCUGUCACUUGGUGGAUUCACAUUGGCGCCUGAGCCGUCAGUGCCCCCCCCAACUGCUCCAAAACCACAGCUUCCAGCAUAUUGACAACCAUGGGUUUUGCAACAGCCGGGGAGCCACAGGUUGAAGACCACUGAUGGCUGAGACUCUCCAAUAAUCCAGAAUCUCCCCUGUCCUGAGAAUGCUAAAUUAUCAAUUAUUUUACUCUGCAAAAGUCGGAGCAAAUCCCAUUUGCAGAAAGCAAAAUUUCCACUAUGGCCAUGUGAGCGUGCCCAUGUUCUGCAUUCAUUGUUUUCUACCUGUUCCCUCGGAUAGAAACUGAUGAGGCCAGUGAGCGGGAGGACAGGAGCUCCUAAUCUGUGACCAAAAUCUCUUGUCCGAGAUUUCAGUAGCUUUUAUAAAGCAGAGGUUCACUAAAUACAUCAUUUAUGUGGUUACAUUAUAACACACACACGUGGCACAGUGAUUGCAGCUAUGCUGCCCACGCCGCUGGUUCCGAUUGUCCUGGAUAAGGGUGCAGCCACACGGUCCGGAUUUUUUAUGCAGUUUUUUUUUAAGCCAAAACCAGAUGUGAAUUCAAGACGAGACGUCGUAUCCGUCCUUUAUACUUUCUCUCCUUUUUAUGAUCCACUCCUGAUUUUGGCUUUUAAAACUGCAU